UGCUUCAAUCAUGAACAGAGUCCCAGAAAGCCAUUUGAACAAGCUCACAUAGAAACCCAAAGCCGCCGCCACCCCUCAUCAUCGUCUUCUUCUUCUUUGAGCAUUCAGUGUGGCUGGCUACUACAUGGCUUGCUGCCGCCGCCGUCCCCGCCGCCGGACAGAAGACGAACGUGCCGAGUAGCAGGAGCCUUCAAGUCCAAGGGGUCCUCACUUCUUCAAGAUCAUACUCUCUGACACACUUGAAUCUGGAAAGCUUGUAAGUGAUAGAUUCUUCAUUGGAUGCCCAAGUGAUUUUUCAAUGCCAUCAUGGUCAUGCUGGCAGACCUCAUUCGUUUUUAAAUUUUUUUGUCGUUCAUUUUAGUUUGGGACGAGAAAUAGCUAGUUAUCCUGCUCCGAGUGUGCUAUAAGCAUAAGCUGCCUUCUCACUGUAUCAUGGGUAUGGUGGAAGCUUGUGGUCCGUGUGAACGGGACCCAAUAUGUCCCAAGAUUCGACCCACAUUAUUUGAAAAUCAGACGAGAGUGAGUACAUACGUAACAUGGAGUUACAAGGUGAGAUUCUAGAUUGAUAUAAACAAAUGCGAAGUGUCCUUUGCAAUUAUGUCAUGAAUUGUUGCUGUCUAUAAUUUUGUAUUUCCAGUUGCAGUCUGAUGUAAACGAUCAACCUCAAUCAACAAUGUCAAUGGAAAUCGACCUGUCAUCCAAUGCGUAAAACAUGAAGUCUUCACCAGGUUUUUUUUGCAUGAUGUUCGAGAGCCUCGAGAUGACUUACUUAAAGUUCUCUAUAUAACAGGGAAUUCCAAGAAGGUUCUUAAGGAAAUACGGAAAUGGUCUCCCAGGUUUGGUGCUUCUCAAGGUCCCAGGUGGUUCGACCAGGCCUAUAGAACUAAAGAAGUGCAACAAUGGCAUGGUUUGGCUGUGGAAGGGGUGGCAGGAAUUUAUGGAGCAUUACUCAAUUGGUCAUGGUCACCUCAUAGUUUCGAAUAUGAAGCGAACUCCAUUUUUCACGUGAUAAUAUUUGAUAAAAGUGCUUCUGAGAUAGAUUACUCAUCGAGCAGUGGCGGAAUAUCAAACUUCGAGGCUGAAUUUCUCUCACGAAAAAGGGAAGAUGUCGUAGAAGUCGAAGAUGUGGAAAAUUUCAUGCCACAUAAAAGAUCGAGGGCCAAAUCACAUCCGACUAUAUCUCAGCUAAGUCGGAGCUGCUCCUCACGAGAACUUGGAGGCAUGACUAAACAGUCAAGAUGCGGAGAGAGCCAUCUGGAGCUGGUUUUUCAUGGCCUUACAUGUCCGAGGCCUCUCACUAGGCUUGAAUUAGCCAACAAAUUUGAAUUGGAGCAUCCCUUUUUCAAAGUCGUGAUGCGGCCAUCUUAUUUCAGGGGAAAAUUGAGCAUUCCUUGUGAAUUUGUCAAGAAACACAUUCACGAAAACAAGGAAAUUGCGACUCUUAGGUAUUUAGACAGAUCGUGGCCGGUGAAGAUAAUUAGGAGCUAUCGGCACAACCAUGCGGCGUCCUUCUGUGCUGGUUGGUCUGCAUUUGCGAGAGAACCAACUCUGUGUGUAGGAGAUGUCUGUGUGUUUGAGCUCAUUGAUGAAAAUGAUACCAUGUUCAAUAUUUCCAUCUUCAGUAGUGCUGCACAUGCAAGUAUCAGAUGAUUACAGUCUUCCUUUAUCGUACAUGGGCAGACUGUUCCUCAUAAUUUCAUCAAGCAACACAGUAUGAAAGACAAGCGAACUGUGACUCUCAGGUAUUCAGACAGAUUGUGGCCCGUGGAAUUCAGGUUCUAUCGAAGUGUGCCGGUGGGGUUCUUCGCUGCUAGCUGGUCUGUGUUUUCAAGAGAAACACGCCUGCAAGUAAGAGACAUCUGCAUGUUUGAGCUCAUUGGUCGUUGUUUUUCCGUGUUCAGAGUCUCCAUUUUCAGGAACUUGGGUCCGGAGCUGAUCUAUGAAGACUGAGAUGUACACUAGAAGUAUUUCCAUGAAUUCAAGAUUUCCCAAUUGUGCCUCCUUUUGCCUUUUGAUGUGUCAAUGAGAAGUAUGUAUGACACCUUUUUUCUUGGUUUGGUUCCUGUUUGAUCUGGUUACAAUCUUAUGAUAUUCCUUCUCUGGGGAUGAUCUCUCUAGUUCGGUGCUUCUCAAUGUUCCACAUGCAUGGGUUCAACCUGGCCUUUUGUACUAGAGGAAAUGUAAAUUUGAUAU